AUGAGUGCACGGGGUUCCCAACAGCAGUCGACCGCGACAGCUUCAAUCCCACUUAACCUUUCCUUCGGAAAUUUCGACUUCGAUGAGACGAAACGUUUAGGGCAGCGUGGAGGUGGUGUCCGUGAGUUGGCAAAGUCGCUACGACGUGCCCAAAGGCAGGCGGCUGCACACUCGCAAAUGCUCAAAAAUCGUGGGGGUCUCGAGCAACGUAAUGCAGAACUACUCGGCACGGCAAUGCGACGGGCUGCAGGAGAGCGAGUGAAGGAUGACCCAAAACGGUUAGCAAAAGCUCUGGCAAAGAGACGGAGUAAAAAGCGGACCUCUGCGAGAAAAUGGGCGGGGAGGUUGGAACAAAUUCAGCAGUCUGUUGAUAACGUCGUAGAGGAUCGCGCCACGACACGUGCGAAGAAGCGGCGGGUAGGAAAAACUGGAGGUGAUAGUGGAAAGAAGAAGGCUGCAAAGACAUUUGGCGACAAGGGUAACCGCAAAGGCAACAACAAGAAAGGCAGACGUGGUGGUGGUGUUGGUCCUUCUACCGGGAAAAAAGGAAGAGUGGGGGGCUUUGCGAAGAAGGGUGCGGCACCCACUGGAAAAAAGGGGCGCCCCAAAGGAUCAAAAUAG